UUACUAUCCGUCUCUAAUUGAAUACCUCCUUUCGCAAACAUUUGCAGACGCUUUUUUAACUUUUUUUUUGCUUAUUUUGAUCGGUGCAAGGCUCUGUUUUUUAGUCCAGUUAAUAUAAUACGACAGAAAAAUGGAAGAUAUACAAAUGGACACCAAUUCACAGUCCGAAACAGCCUCCGAAUAUGCACCCAGUGAACGUGACGCUGAAACUAAACAAGAGGAGAAACCUGCUGCAGCCGCCAACAGUACCGGCAUUUGCUACUGUGGUAAAGAACGUAAUCUGAACAUAGUGGAACUGCUGUGUAGCAAUUGCAGUCGCUGGUUUCAUGAGUCCUGUAUCGGCUAUCAGCUGGGCAAGUUGGUGCCCUUCAUCACCAAUUAUGUAUUCGUCUGUAAAAAUUGCUCACAAAGUGGACUUGAGGUUUUUCGCAAAAGCCAAGCCACCAUACCACAAAUGUGUAUCACUGCCAUUGCUAAUAUGCAACAAAAUGCGCUGAAGGAUGGCAAAAGUAAAUUUCUGUUUAGCAAAGACAAAGAAAUCAUACCGUACCUAGAACAAUAUUGGGAGGCCAUGACUACAAUGCCACGACGUGUCACUCAAACUUGGUACUCCACGGUGCAACGUUCACUGGUUAAAGAGGUAAAUACUUUGUUCACUUACGAGGAGAAUGCCGAAGCUGGUGCCAUGUUUGGUUUGGUAACACAGGAUUUGGCACAAAUUAAACCGAACUACGAUUCCAUGGGUAAGGGCGGAUUGCUACGAACAUCCGAAGAUGGUCACGGUACAGCUUCCUCUUUGACGAAGAAUAAUCGUCAAAACAAACGAAAACUUCCCGGUAACGACUCUGGGCCCACGGGAAAAAAGGGUCGUCCUAGCUCAGAUAUAACUGCGAAUGUGAAAUUACCAGCACAUGGUUACCCCUUGGAGCAUCCUUUUAACAAGGAUGGCUACCGGUACAUUUUAGCUGAACCCGAUCCGCAUGCUCCAUUCCGGCAAGAGUUCGACGAAAGCUCCGAUUGGGCUGGUAAACCAAUACCGGGGUGGCUAUACAGAACUCUAGUGCCAAAUUGUGUGCUGUUGGCUUUGCAUGAUCGUGCGCCGCAAAUGAAAAUUUCCGAAGAUCGUUUAGCUGUUACUGGUGAGAAGGGAUACUGCAUGGUACGCGCUACACAUUCUGUGAAUCGUGGGCGUUGGUAUUUUGAAGCUGUUGUUGAGGAAAUGCCGGAAGGUGCUGCCACGCGUUUGGGUUGGGGUCAGGAGUACGGCAAUCUGCAAGCGCCUCUCGGUUAUGACAAAUUCGGUUAUUCUUGGCGUUCACGUAAGGGCACCAGAUUCCAUGAAAGUCAUGGUAAACAUUACAGUGACGCUUAUGCGGAAGGUGAUGUGUUGGGUUUUCUAAUCGAUUUGCCCGAUGAAACAACCAGUAAUUACUUACCCAAUACCUUUAAGGACAGACCACUUGUAAAGUUUAAGUCACAUUUAUAUUAUGAAGAUAAGGAUAAGGUGCAGGAAACACUAAAGGGCCUUCAAGUGCUGCCAGGCAGUAAAAUCGAGUAUUUUAAAAACGGUAAAUCACAAGGUGUGGCUUUCACAGAUAUUUACGGCGGUUCUUAUUAUCCAACCAUAUCCAUUCACAAAAGCGCCACAGUAAGCGUGAAUUUCGGACCGAAUUUUAAGCAUCCAGAAGUGUUGACCGAAUUUAAAGCAAAAGGAAUGUGCGAACGUGUCGAGGAGUUAAUAAGUGAGCAGUGCCUAUCAGAUAUAAUGUACUUGACAGAGAACGAUGGAAGGCUACGUUUGGAUAAUUUUAAUUUCAGUAAAUUAAAAUGAAAAAACCUUUUUGGUGUUGACUGACGCUAAAUAAGUGAACGCUAGCUUAAGAAGUCGAUCCUAACCGAAGUAAGCGUACACAAGUUCAUUGGUGGUUCUACAUAUAAAUCAUUUGACACACGACGCCUCACAAUUCUACAAGACAGGGCAGCAUACGGAUGAAAAAAAACAAUAUUUAUAAUCGAAAUUAAUAAAUUUCUCCAUUAUGUUGUAGCAAUUUCGAUGUUUCUUGAAAAUGCCUAAAAAUUAAGCUAAAUAAAACAUAUUUUAUAGUUUAUCAACAGUUGA